UGGUUCGGCAAGUAAAUCUUUUAUGUACUUGCCCGACAGGACAAAUGAAUUUUAGAAAACUUGUCCAACCUUGCAUUAAUUUUGUAAGACCGAAAGACUGAAAUGGAGAUUUCUUUCUUUCAUUUGUUGAACACAUUUGACAGAUGUGUGUUACCUUGUCAGGUCCCCCUGUUGUGAGAUGGGAGUACACCUUUAAUGGAUGGACCCUGUGUUCAUGUGAGCUGGACAGCUUUCUGCAGUACUCAGCUGGGGGAUUUGAUGCAGCUUCCAAACAGCUGGCUGUGCGAGUGACGGAGGUGGCUGAUCUGCUGAACAAAAUGCUGUCCUUCGAUAGGACACUGGCAGAAACAGUACAACCUGUCACAGCAAAGCUGUAUCCUAUAAUACAAAGACUCGGUGCAGCCCCAAAUCCUCCCAUUGAUGUUGUUGCUUCCUGUGUCCAGUGCCUGGCUACACUAGCACAGUAUAAACCUGACAAGGUCUGGCUGGAUCUACAGCAGACUGGGUUCUUACCAUUUGCUGGUUCUUCCAACAUGGAUGUAAACAAGGCUCUCAGUGGUAGCGGAAUGUUUGCUGGUAACUAUGGUAACCUGCUGAUAUCGUUAGAGCGUCCAUCUGGGUACUACCCUGUCACCAUAGCCACACUGAAGCUGCUGCUGGCACUGGCCAAGGGUCUCCAGUUCCAAGAAGGGAUCAUCCCAGCCAUAGUGUUUGUACUGAAGGAAGUGUUUGCCUCCUUCUACAAGUGGAACUACACCAACCUUAAAGACAGACAGGAGAUUGGGAGAAGAUGUCUUGAGAUCUUCCACUGGAUCCUGUUUGUGUCAGAAGGAAAGGAUGAGACCAUGGACCAUGAUAGCAAGGACACCAGGCUGAGCCUGAGGGAUGUGUGUGUGAAUGGCCUGUUGUACACAGAGGCAGGACACAGUGUGUUGGAGAUCCUGGGCACUGGAGUGGAGAACAUCAACAAUGUGGUCAAACUACAGGCCAGUGCCUUUGAGGGUCCAGGACAAGACCUGAUCCAGAUGGUGAAGCUGGCGUUCUCUGUGGUGAACCGGCUCCUUCUGCUGAAGCCAUCUGACAGUGACACCACCUCCCCGCUAGAACAGGCGCUAACGUACCACGCAGGCGGUGCACAGCAGGGUAAACAUCUGGUGUCCGUCAUCGCUCAGUACGUGUACCAUCGCCAUGAUGUCAGGCUCACGCGCCUGGCCACACUCAUGCUGAAGAGGUUGUCGCAGGUGGCCCCCAUGUCUGUCCAUGCCUGUCUGGGGGAUCAGGCUAUCCCCAUCAGGGACAUGUACCUCACUCGUCUGCAGGCUAAAACGGAGGACCUGCGACUGAAAGUGGUAAUACUGGAAUGGCUGACUGUUGCCGUGGAGACACAGCCAGGGCUGACAGAACUGUUCUUGAACCUGCAGAUAAAGGAGGGAAAAGAAGGGGUCAAGGAGUUUACUGUAGGAAAGAACAGCUGUCUACAGGCAGCUGUAGACAUGAUAGAAGGUGAGAAGCAGGGGACGUACCUGUGCCGUCCCGACCUACACUGUGCUUUAUGUCUGUGAUUGAUGUUCCACAGGAGUUUACAGUAGGAAAGAACAGCUGUCUACAGGCAGCUGUAGACAUGAUAGAAGGUGAGAAGCAGGGGACGUACCUGUGCCCUCCCGACCUACACUGUGCUUUAUGUC